AUGGACAAAAGACGUGUGGCAUGUGGACAGUUACUUCAUUUAUUUCUGACAAUCCCAAAACAUGGAAAGGGUUUUUUUUUUUCUCUGAUGAAUGCGCAAUUUAACGGAGUGGAAGAGAAGUUCAGACGUCCCAGAAGUCCAAACCUCACGUCUUUCGAUAACGAAAUCCUCCUGUCUUCGUUACCAAAGAAAUCCUCCUGUCUUCGUUACCAAAGAAAUCCUCUUGUCUUCGUUACCAAAGAAAUCCUCCUGUCUUCAUUACCAAAGAUUUCCUCCUUCUUCGUUACCAAAGAAAUCCUCCUGUCUUCGUUACCAAAGAAAUCCUCUUGUCUUCGUUACCAAAGAAAUCCUCCUGUCUUCAUUACCAAAGAUUUCCUCCUUCUUCGUUACCAAAGAAAUCCUCUUGUCUUCGUUACCAAAGAAAUCCUUUUCGUUACCAAAGUCUUCGUUACCAAAGAAAUCCUCCUGUCUUCGUUACCAAAGAAUUCCUCCUGUCUUCAUUACGAAAGAUUUCCUCCUUCUUCGUUACCAAAGAAAUCCUCCUGUCUUCGUUACCAAAGAAAUUCUCCUGUCUUCGUUACCAAAGAAACCCUCUUGUCUUCGUUACCAAAGAAAUCCUCCUGUCUUCAUUACCAAAGAUUUCCUUUUCUUACCAAAGAAAUCCUCCUUCUUCGUUACCAAAGAAAUCCUCCUGUCUUCGUUACCAAAGAAAUCCUCUUGUCUUCGUUACCAAAGAAAUCCUCCUGUCUUCGUUACCAAAGAAAUCCUCUUGUCUUCGUUACCAAAGAAAUCCUCCUGUCUUCGUUACCAAAGAUUUGCUCCUUCUUCGUUACCAAAAAAAUUCUCCUGUCGUCGUUACCAAAGAAAUCCUCUUGCCUUCGUUACCAAAGAAAUCCUCCUGUCUUCGUUACCAAAGAAAUCCUCCUGUCUUCAUUAACAAAGAUUUCCUCCUUCUUCGUUACCAAAGAAAUCCUGCUGUCUUCGUUACCAAAGAAAUCCUCUUGUCUUCGUUACCAAAGAAAUCCUCCUGUCUUCGUUACCAAAGAUUUCCUCCUUCUUCGUUACCAAAGAAAUCCUCCUGUCUUCGUUACCAAAGAAAUCCUCCUGUCUUCCUUACCAAAGAAAUCCCCCUGUCUUCAUUACGAAAGAUUUCCUCCUUCUUCGUUACCAAAGAAAUCCUCCUGUCUUCGUUACCAAAGAAAUCCUUUUGUCUUCGUUACCAAAGAAAUCCUCCUGUCUUCGUUACCAAAGAAUUCCUCCUGUCUUCAUUACGAAAGAUUUCCUCCUUCUUCGUUACCAAAGAAAUCCUCCUGUCUUCGUUACCAAAGAAAUUCUCCUGUCUUCGUUACCAAAGAAACCCUCUUGUCUUCGUUACCAAAGAAAUCCUCCUGUCUUCAUUACCAAAGAUUUCCUCCUUCUUCGUUACCAAAGAAAUCCUCCUGUCUUCUUUACCAAAGAAAUCCUCUUGUCUUCGUUACCAAAGAAAUCCUCCUGUCUUCGUUACCAAAGAAAUCCUCUUGUCUUCGUUACCAAAGAAAUCCUCCUGUCUUCGUUACCAAAGAAUUCCUCCUUCUUCGUUACCAAAGAAAUUCUCCUGUCUUCGUUACCAAAGAAAUCCUCUUGUCUUCGUUACCAAAGAAAUCCUCCUGUCUUCGUUACCAAAGAAAUCCUCUUGUCUUCAUUACCAAAGAUUUCCUCCUUCUUCGUUACCAAAGAAAUCCUCCUGUCUUCGUUACCAAAGAAAUCCUCUUGUCUUCGUUACCAAAGAAAUCCUCCUGUCUUCGUUACCAAAGAUUUCCUCCUUCUUCAUUACCAAAGAAAUCCUCCUGUCUUCGUUACCAAAAAAAUUCUCCUGUCGUCGUUACCAAAGAAAUCCUCUUGCCUUCGUUACCAAAGAAAUCCUCCUGUCUUCGUUACCAAAGAAAUCCUCCUUCUUCGUUACCAAAGAAAUCCUCCUGUCUUCGUUACCAAAGAAAUCCUUUUGUCUUCGUUACCAAAGAAAUCCUCCUGUCUUCGUUACCAAAGAAAUCCUCCUGUCUUCAUUACGAAAGAUUUCCUCCUUCUUCGUUACCAAAGAAAUCCUCCUGUCUUCGUUACCAAAGAAAUCCUCUUGUCUUCGUUACCAAAGAAAUCCUCCUGUCUUCGUUACCAAAGAAAUCCUCUUGUCUUCAAACCAAGAAAUCCUCUUGUCUUCAUUACCAAAGAUUUCCUCCUUCUUCGUUACCAAAGAAAUCCUGCUUUAGAAACACUUGCUUAUAG